CAAUGGCCGAGGCCGCAGCAUCUACCGAACCCCCGCCGUGGUGGGCGGCAUUUCCCGCCCCCAAAGCCAAGACACCGGAAAUCGAGGCUGAAGAAGUCAUGUUGUUGCUUGAGGCUCAAACUGCAGCCGGAAACGAUACCGCUCGCCGUGAUUUUCUGCUCGUUGACGUGCGUCGCAACGAUUUUGAGGGGGGCACCAUCGCAACCUCCAUCAACUUGCCCGCCCAGUCCCUCUAUCAGACGAGGCCCAUCAUUCAUCAGCUGUGCAAACAGGCCGGAAUCAAGCAUGUUAUAUUUUACUGCGGUGAGUGUUUUAAGCCGAAGCAGUAAU